AUAUUAUAAAUAUGUGUUAGAUGAAUCGCAAAUCUUUUCCUCUCAUAAUGAUAUGAAUAUUUCACUGCUACCGUAUAAGGUGUUGAUAAGAUAGGCAUAUAAGAAUUUUACAGAAGACGAUAUUAAAUACCCCUGGAAAAUAUAGUGUUUAUUUAAUAAAUAACAAAACAAAAAGAAAAAAAAACUUUAAUUUAUUUGGUGGUUUUAACUUUUCGUUCUUUUAUCGAUAGAAGAUGAACAGUAAAUUUUUCAGCAUUGAUUCUUUGAUUGGAAUUAAACAAAAUAAUGAGGAGAAGUCAAACCGAGCGCCAAGAGAUGACGAUAGUGAAAACGAUGACCUCAGCGAUGACAGAUUAGAAGAUGAUGAUAAACAUGAUAGCGAUAACAGACGGCUUAAAAUACCCUCAUUUCAUGCAAGUAUAAGAGACAGUAAUAGACAUUCCAGCGUGCACGAGUCAUGCUCGAGCACGAGACACGAAAAAUCCAUACCCGAGUCAACCGUACCCGGUAAUUGUCGACCGAAAGCAUGUAGUUCACACCAUGUGGAAUCAGUACAUAGGUAUGAGGACCACAGAACUUUAUCCGGCGAAACAUGUCCGAAUAGCUGUAAACUUCCGCCAAAACAAAAACGACUGUCCCUCACGAAGCACCAAUUAGGGGAGUUAGAGAAAUGUUUUCUGAAAAACUAUUACCCUACCGAGGCAACUAGAGAAGAAUUAGCUGUACGGCUCGGUUUGUCACAUGCCAGGGUCAAGGUUUGGUUCCAAAACAGACGCGCAAAAUGGCAGAGAAAUCAAAAGAUUAAAACCGAAUGGCAGUCAUUCCUACACAACCCAUUCACCGCAGCCAUAGGGUUAUCUCAUCAUCGUUUAUUACUGCAGCAUCAGCACCAGUUGCUAGCUGAUGCUCAAACCAAGGACUAUGACCCUCAGAGUCUUCAGACUCCUAUACCGUCACUAUACCCCGCCUUUCCUCAUACAAAUAUGGCGUAUAUGUUACCAAGACAGGACCUGAUGUCAUACACCAUUGGCAAGCCACCAAUGCAAUCUUUAAACGCUUACAUUUUGGCAAAGCAAGCCGCCGUAGAACAUGAGAAUAACGCUAAAAUGUGCUUAACGGAUGAGUCCGACAGCGAAGAAUCAACUAAAAGUGUUCAGAAUAAAAGCAUAGCAAAUGUGACUAGCGCAUCUAGUGUACCUGAUAAACCAUCAGGGCUUCAAGCGGGUCAGUUCUGGUGGUAAAUUAUUUGUAUACGGAAUUAUAUUGUAAUAUUUAGGAAUUGAAUGAUAUGGUAUUUAUGGAUAUAUGAUAGCAGCUUCGUUAUUUACCAUUUUUUAAAUCAGUUUUAAUUCAAUUUUCCAAAAUAACAAAAAUUAAUUGUAAUAUUAGCUUUGAAGUGUAAUAAAAGAUGUAUUUAUGAAAUAUACAACCUCAACUAAUACCUCGACGAGUAUGGAAAUGGAUUUGUAAAUCCUUCAAUCUGGACUAAAUCAUUAAAGCGACAUGCCUAAAGAUGAGUCAAAAUAUUUCAAGAAAAUCAAACUUGAGAAAAAUAGUACUGAUAUUUUAAGAAAAAAUAAAAAGAUUCAAGAUAAAAGUACAUUUGUAAUAAUAUCCAUGUUAUAUGCGGUUAAUGACCCAUUUUGCAGUAUUUUUCAACAUAUUUCUGCCGCGUUAGCUUAUACUAUGUUACUAACUCAUUAAUGGCUAAUUUUGCAUAUUUUGACCUCUUUUGGGUCAUUUACAUGGGCUGUAAGUUUCUUUUGCAAUGUGUAAAUUAUUUUCUUUGUUCACUUCACAAUAUUUUACAUUUUAAAUACAUUUUCAAAAUUUACAUGAAAAUUAGCAUGUUACCUACAGGCGUGCUGCUUUAAUCAAUUUAGGGAAAUUUUCAAAAUAUGUGCUGACUAAAUAGCGAACAGUGCAGACCAUGACCAGUAAGCACGAAUGUUCCGGCUGGUCUUGGGCUGCAUUGGUCACAUGGGUUUAUUAUGUCGCCGCCAGCAGGCUUCUGGGUAAUAUAAACUAAAUAUAUAAUAAUUUACAACAAUAGGUGCAAACCUCUAGCAUAUUGGUUUAAACAUAUUUAUUCAACAAAGUAUUUAACAAGUGAACAAUAUUUACAAAGUACAUUUUGGGAUUGGGCAGAAAGCAUAUUAAGGUGUAAUAGUUACCGAUAUAAUAAUGCCAAGUUUUGAUUUCAUCCGCCUGCAAUUUGACUUUUACAAGCCCCAGCGAAUUGAUUUGGAUUAAUACCAUCAGAAAUUAGAGCAUUUGGGCGCUGUUUAACAUAGAAAUCUUUAACAGUCAUGCCGCACAGUAUAUAACUUUACAAAGAUUAAAAGAAAUAGAUGUGAACAAGACUCCAGAUUGAUAGGGGAAAAAACAAGCUUGGAGAGUCGGGUAUUUAACGUGUAAAGUACGUGUAAUUGUAAUGUAAUGUAAUGAUCUAUUUAUUAAUAGAAAAACGAAAGUAUCCGAAUAUCAUUCUAGUCAAAUGUAAUGUAACUAUUGUAUGUAUUUAACUUGAACUAGUCAUCAAUCUAACAAAUGGCUUUGUUUAUUAUUACAAUAUUCUGUCCACAUGAAUUUUCAAUGAUUUUCAUCUUUACAUGUUAUAUGCAUUAUUUACAUAUUUCUAUAUUUUAGAGUUUAUAUAUAUGCUGGGAAGAAUAAAUAAAGUGUUUUAUAUU